GGAAGGGCACACCAAAUUCAUUGGGGUGAGGCGGGAAGACAGCGGUGUUUGGAAGUGCCGAGAGAGAGAGGGUAAAACGAUGGUGGUUCUGCGUUCAGAUCUGCGUUCAGCUAGGAAAAGAUCGCUUUCGACGGAGGUGUUUGGCUGGCAUGUUCCAGAGGACCUGAAUGUGAAACCCAAAAAGGAGCGUAAGUACACAUCUAAACAAGCUCGUGAUCUGAGUGAAAAAUAUGAAUUGGUGGAGCCUGGUUCCAUGUCACCCGUGGUUCGCAGGGCAGACCUUCUUCACCAUAUUGACUUCACGGCUAAGAAGGCUGAUGUUGCUGAUGCUCCAGAAGAGAUGUUUUUUUCCGAACUGGCAACUACCAACGGGGUUCGUAGCGUCAAGUGUUGCAAAUGCAUGGGGCCAAUAGACUCAAUUUCAGGAGAUAAAAACAAUGGCUGCCGUUAUUGCUCGUGGUACAAUGUUCAGCAUCCUAAGGGUGGAGGAUUCUCGCGUGGUGGUCGUGGAUCAUUCCGUGAUUACAGUGGUAGUUCUUCUUCAUCUAACUCCAAAAGUUUGUGUUUGACGGAUGCGUCUGAACUUUUACUUGAUGGCUCUAAGCGUUCGCUUUCGACGGAUGUGUCUGACUCUGACAGGCCUGAUCCAGAUUACCUGGUUCCAAAACCCAGUAAGGAACGUAAGGACACAUCUAAUAAACAAGUUCCUGAUGUAGCAAGGCAAUAUGCAGCUGAUGCCAUGAAUUUCUAUACCACAAGAACACGUAAAAAAUAUGAGCUGGUGGAGCCUGGUUCCAUUACAUCUGUACCUCUUGAGACAUGCAUUCUUCACCAUGUCGACUUCACAGCGAAGAAGACUGAUGUCGCUGAUGCUCCAGAGGAGCUGUUUUUUGCCGAACUGACAACUAUCAGCGGGGUUCGUUGCGUCAAGUUUUGCCAAUGCAUGGGAUUAGAGCACUAAUCUGAAGAACAAAUUUCUGCGGAAGAACCACAACUGCCUCUGUUUCUGUCUCUCUCUCCAAGAAAAAAUCUGAGAUCCAAAAAAAUAAGAUUAAAUGGUAAAGCUGAGAAGGGUAAUUAAGGUAAGAUUAAAUGGUGGUAUUUUGUGGAUCGGCUGAAAUUUGGACUAACUCGUCCAAAGUUUGGAUUAGAUUGUUAAUGCGGGGGAAUUUUGGACCACUGUGUACUAGGCCUGAGAUGAGUGGACUAAAGCGUCCCAAGCCCAAUAACUUUGGGACUAAACGUCAAUUUCUACUUCUUUAAUUUACUAAUGAUUCUGGUGUACGAGACCUGCUAGUUGGAAAGUCAAUUGAUACCUUAAGUCAAAAAGCAAGCAUGUGGGUAAACCAUCCCUCUAGAAAUGAACUUUGGUUUAGUUUUGCUAGAACCCGUAAUGCAGGGUCGUUCACGGGAAUUUUCUGCCCGGAAGCCAACCUUUUUUUUUUUUUGCCCGUGUAAUUUCUUUUUGCACAAACACUAAAGAUUGUAUACACUAUAAUUUGUAUUGACACGUGGAGGACAAUCAGAAGCCGCAGCUGGAUAUAAUUGUACAA